CGCAUAUAAGUCAUAGAAACCUUUCCCUCUCUCUAUUCUUCCAACCACACUACAAAGAACCAUCUCAAUCUUCCUCACACCAACCACUUUCAACACAACCUCAUCAAUCUCUCACGAGAAACACCACAUCUAACACAAUGGCCACUCUUCACUACCUUCCUCCCGUCAAGCCUUCGGCGAUCGCACUCGGCGUCGUCUUCAACCAGGUCGCUUCCGCCGGUGUCCUGGCCCCUCUCUUCGGUGACACCUACCACCGCGCCAAGGCUGCCGACAGCAAGGAGGAGUUCUUCAAGUCGAAGGAAGCUGCCACCGCUGCUGCCAGCUGGGGUUCAUCGCUAGUUGGUUCUGCUAUCCAGACCUACGGUGUUGCUGCCCUCAUCAACGCUACCGGAACCUUGAGCUACAAGGGAGCUGCCUACCUCGGUGGUCUAGUCUUCGCUGCCUCAUACUCUCCUUCGCUCGUCUCUGCCCUUGUCACUGAGAACCGACCGAUCGACACAGUCGCCGUUGGUGUUCUGUCCCGCAUGUUCGAAACUGUUGGUCUCAGCUUGUUCCUCACCUACUGGGGAACCCGAACCAACCCAUUCGACUAAAUUAAUCACAAUUCUUGGCUCAGAUUGACCGGAAAUGAUGGAGAUUGAACUCAGUUCAACUGGCGCACUUGAGUGACGCGAUUGUGUAUCCAUAGUACAAAGAAUAUGAAAACUCUCUCAUACAUGAUGU